GACAAGUACCUGCUGUCCGAGUUGGCAACAAAAGCCGCCACUGCCGGGCUGGUCCAGCUCUUCAGCACUCUCCUUGACGACACCUGGCCGGGCUUCUCUGGCCAGGCGCUUCCGAAGUGGGCCACAGGAGCGCCGCUGCUUGUCUUCUCCUCCUGUCAGUUCUGCGAGCUCAAACAGACGGUGGACAAAGAGAUUCAGGUCGGUUCGACCAAAAUCGAGGAGACGGAAGGCAUCCUGGGAUCUUGGAAGACUAAAGUGAAGACCAAGACCGAGGUGCAGGAGCAUCUCUGGAACUGGACAGCGACAUGGCGCCUUUACGUGACGACCCCAGGGUCGAAUCAGAGCUUUCCUCUGCUGAGUGGCUCUGGAGGAACCACACUGAAGACCAUGACGACACCUCCUGCGAAGCCACAGCAGCCACGCCCGACAGCGGAGUGUGCACCGACGCUCGAGCUCGACAUGACUUGGUUGGCGCGCAGGCUACGAGCUGGGGCAGUUGACUUCACCGUGAACCGCACUGCACCUGACUGCCGCACUCCAGCACGGAACAAGGACAUGCAGGCAGCCCUGAGCUUCUUCAAAAAAGUGCACCUCCUGGGAGAUUCAGCUGCGAACAUCUUGAUGGGCCAGCUAGGCACUCUUCUGGGCGGGGAUACGCCAGGCGUGGCCAAGCCAGGCGAGGUGUUCCAGCCCGUGCUGGCCAUGUUCGCGCUGGACGGCGCCACUGCAGCCUCGCGACCCGUGUUGGCAGCAGACAUGGACGUGGUCCUGAGCGCACACCGACGUAGCCUGUUGGCUCAUCGCGAGAGCCAGAACCAGCACUUGGGGAGGAUCGCAGAUGGCAGUGACGUUAGCUUGAACCCCUCGUUGAUUAGCCUUCUCAUCGUUGUACAGGAGAUGGCAAGUCUGGCUCGACAACUGACGUCCGCUGUCAGAGAACUGGAACGCAUGCUGCAGGAGCAGCUCACUGCUGCCAUAGGGAAGACGCUGCAGCCCGUCGACUUCGGCGAGUACAUGGAAUUCCACACGGGCGAGCUCUUGCGUCCAGCAUACAAGCCGCGUCCUUUCGUGUUUGCUGUGCGACGAGCACAGCAUCAUCCGGAAGGAACCGUGAGCAUCGAGGUGUCCCAGCAGAAUUCUCACCAGGCUAUUUCCUCCUUCGGCUUGCACCGUGAAGCUGCCCCAGUCAUGCGAAUGCAAUUGAGUUCUGCAGCGACGAUCUCGUUCACAGGUGAGCACUUUGUGCAUGCUGCGGUCUUCCACCAGUUUGCCAGGCAGCAGAAGCAGGACUUGAGACUCGUUGCGAGGGCACGCCAGCUGAGCUGCUUCGUUUUGGUCGUUGGGAAGAUCAUCUCUUCGGACACGUUCAAGCCUGCAGCAGCGCUCAUCAUCCAGAACAAAGACGAAUUGGUCAUACCGCUGCUUCUGGAGACUGUACCGUCGCCAAAGGAAUUCCUUGACUCGAUUCAGUCCCUGUCGCCGGAGCAACAGCGCUUCGCCAAAGCCUUCCGCAAGAUGCAGCUCUCGAGCUCGCUCUUCGCUGUGGCCAUUGUUCAGAUCAAGCCGGCUUUGGAGAAGGUCAUGAGCCUAGUCUUGGGGUCCCAGACGCUGAAAUUUGCCGCUGUGAUUAAGCGCCAGUGGCUGCUAGUGCGUGUGGCAAGUCCAUCAGUUCAGGUGCUCAAUCUUCCAGAGCACUCUCUGACGAAGGAGAUACAGCUUACUCAAGAUCUCAUUGAACUCUUCGUGCGCUACCAGGUGGCUCCAGAUCUGAUGUCCUACGAGCCUUGGUCCUCCGGGGUGGCGGAAAAGGCCGCGCGAGUCACUGCGGCAGACAAGCUUGCAGCGGUUAAAAGUCACGUGAAGUCCCUGUGGGAGACCAUUGCUGCAUCAAAGCAGAAGCAGCUGCAAGAGAAGCAGGAGGAGGUGAAGAUGCGAAACAUGCAGUCUUGCGGCGCCGAAGAUUGCAGCAUCAAUGCAGGUGUCUCCUGGACAAAUUAUGCGAACGAUCAGGAGGAGUCGUGGCAGGAGUUGGGAGGUUACGAGCCGCCCACGACAGUUCAGAUGAAGCUGAGCGGCUCGAGCGGCCGGAUGGCCAAGAAGGCGAAAAUUCAGGAGCCGGUAAAUUACAUGUCUCGGUCGGUCACGCUGGAGGCAGCAUCUCCCAAGGUGAUGAAGGCUGCAGAUGCGCCGUCUGCGGAGCAGCAGCCUCCAGCACAGGACGCCCCUUCGCCUCCUCCUCCGCCGCCACAAGCCCGAGAAGCUGCAGAGGCUGCAGAUUCGGGAGCUUUCGACUACACGCAGCUGCCGCACCAGCUGGAUGCAAAUUACCUGAAGUUCGAUUCCGACGCCGUAUUGCGUCCGACGAAGAUCGACCUAGCGACUGUAUGGACGAAGCAGGAGCAGCCAGGCCUCCUCGGAGAUUCUCGGAGCCGACAGCUUAGAGAAGCAGACCAGCGGGCAGAGACCAACAAGGCCUUUGAUCUUCUCGAUGCACUCAGCCGCUCCGGCGCCGAGGCCUUGGAGUCUUCCUUGCACAUCGUCGUUGCCGCAACGCACUGCUUCGAUGAGACCAUCCUCAACACCUUGGUGCAGCAGAACAGAAACCCCAUCGAAAAGAUGGAGCGCUCAAUGCUAAUCAUGGCGUCUACUCUCCAUCGCACACCGCUGGACCAACUCAUACAUCCGGGAGAGGUGGAUCGUGUGCGUGCGUUGAUGCCCACCGUCUUUGCGGGGUUCGCUGCGUCGAAGAAGCUGGCUUAG